CUAUUUCUCAAUUCGACAGUCUCUCUCUCCUCUCUCAUUUCUCAAGCGGCUCAGUCUCUCUAUCUCUCUUUCUCAAAGAACAUCAAACAAUGAAGGCCGCUAUGUUGAGAUCCAUCCGAGCAUCUUGUAGAGCUUCCUCUACAUCUCACUUUCUCCGCCGCGCCUUCUCAUCCGAAUCCCACCCAGAGCGAAAAGUCGCUGUUUUAGGUGCCGCCGGAGGAAUCGGACAGCCACUUGCCCUCUUGAUGAAGCUUAACCCCCUUGUUUCCAGGCUAGCCGUUUACGAUAUCGCCGGAACCCCAGGUGUCGCCGCCGACAUCAGCCACAUCAAUACCAGAUCUGAGGUAUCUGGAUACGCAGGCGAGGAACAGCUAAGACAUGCAUUGGAGGGAGCUGAUAUAGUUAUCAUUCCAGCUGGUGUGCCAAGAAAGCCUGGCAUGACCCGUGAUGAUCUCUUCAAUAUCAACGCUGGCAUCGUGAAAUCUCUCUGCACUGCUAUUGCAAAAUAUUGCCCUAAUGCGCUUGUUAAUAUGAUUAGUAACCCUGUGAAUUCUACUGUCCCCAUUGCGGCUGAGAUCUUCAAGAAAGCUGGGACUUAUGAUGAGAAGAGAUUGUUUGGUGUGACCACAUUAGAUGUGGUUAGGGCCAGAACUUUCUAUGCCGGGAAGGCAAAUGUUCCUGUUGAGGGUGUUAUUGUACCUGUUGUUGGUGGUCAUGCUGGGAUAACCAUUCUACCUCUAUUUUCACAGGCCACUCCACAAGCAAACUUGUCAGAUGAACAAAUUAUUGCUCUUACAAAGAGGACACAAGAUGGAGGUACAGAAGUUGUAGAAGCUAAGGCUGGAAAGGGUUCGGCAACACUCUCAAUGGCCUAUGCUGGUGCUAUUUUCGCUGAUGCAUGCUUGAAGGGUCUAAAUGGAGUACCAGAUGUUGUAGAAUGUUCAUAUGUACAAUCGAGCAUCACUGAAUUGCCCUUCUUUGCUUCGAAGGUGAGGUUGGGAAAGAAUGGUGUGGAGGAAGUUCUAGAAUUGGGCAAUCUUUCAGACUUUGAAAAGCAAGGAUUGGAAAACCUUAAACCAGAACUCAAGGCUUCAAUUGAAAAGGGAAUCAAGUUUGCCAACCAGAGUUGAAAAUUUUAAACCAUCUUGACAACAUUACUAUUUCUGCAUACAAGUGUUUCUGCAUUUGUAGACAGAUACUUGUAACUUCUUUUAAUGAGUUUUGUUCUGCGAUUGUUGUUUAUGGUUAAGGAACACAUAGCUAAGCUAGCUAUCUAGCUUGUCUUGCAUACUUAGAAAUAAUGUUCCAAUACACUUGAAUUGGUGGGAUUACUCAUCUUAGAGUUUUUUUAAUCUGUUUACAAAUUGUGAUGAAUCAUCAAUAUUUAUAUCUUU